AUGCCGGUUCUCCAUUUUGCCCGAAUAUCCUCCAGGCGAGCAAUUUUAUCCAACACCACAAGAGUCGCUGCUCUACAACCCCGGGGUUUUCAUUCUUGUUCAUCGAAGGCCGCUAUAGCCCAUCCCAUCACUGCUCAUGGCCCACCACCAAAGGCCCCUUCCGCCGCACCGGAGUAUGGUGGCCGUGUAGAACAGCAGAAAAACCAAGCGGACGAGCUCAAGUCGCAAUUGAAAUCGCAACGGGAGCCGCUCAAGAAGCGUUUCUGGAAGGAUGUGAAUGUCGAGAAAAAGCCGGAAGGAGGAUAUCGAGUCCUGUUAGAUGCUCGGCCCGUUCGCACGCCCACCAAGGAUAUUCUCUCCAUCCCCCCCACGAAACCCCACCUAGCCCAUGCGAUUGCCUUGGAAUGGGAUGUUAUGACGACCGCCCAGCAAGCUUUGAAAAACCACCUGAUUCCACUUACCUCACUCACUGCCCGAGCGACGGACAUUGCUCAGGAGGACGAUCGGGGCGAGACAGGCACCAGAGACCAAAUCAUAACGACCUCAAUGCGCUACCUGGAUACGGAUACCUUGCUCUGUUGGGUACCUGAACAACCCCAAGAACUUGAUGAGAAUGGCGUGAAAUCGGAAAGCCUUCGGGAGGCUCAGAUGAGGAUUGCCAAAGACACCAUUGCUUUCUUGAGCACGAAAGUAUGGCCGGGGAUUGACAUAAAACCUAUCCUAGACAGCAACAGCAUUUUGCCUGUCUCCCAGUCUCAGGCUACAAAGGACAUCAUUCGGCUCUGGAUCUCGAACCUGCAUGCGCAUGACUUGGCCGCAUUGGAAAGAGGAAUCCUCGCAUCAAAGAGUCUGCUGGUUGCCGUUAGAUUGGUCGCCGAGUGGAGUGAAAACUUCCGGCCAAUUCAACGGUCAGAGGCCAAGAAAUUCGGUAUUGAAGAGGCAGCAGAGGCUUCUAGCCUCGAAGUCAAGUGGCAGACAGACAUGUGGGGCGAGGUUGAAGACACUCAUGAUGUCGACAAGGAAGAUUUGAGACGCCAGCUUGGAAGCGUUAUUGUUUUGGUGAGCGGCGAUACAAAAUAA